CUAGGUUUAACCGAUAGAUCAGACCUGAUUAAAGAUUGUUAAAUCUUUCCGGCUCAAACACAUACGUCUAUCAGACAAACAGUGAUCCUCGGGACAUCUUAAGACGAAAGUGAUGGCUGAGUCUCGAAUGACAGAGUCACCGGACCUUAGGAUUGUCCUGUUGGGCAAAACAGGCGUUGGGAAGAGUGCGUCAGGAAACACCAUCCUGGGAAGGAAAGCUUUUCUGUCCAAGCGGAGUUUCGUCUCGGUGACAAAAGAUUGUGCAGAAGAAAUGUGCUUUAUUAAGGGUCGUAAAAUCUCUGUGGUGGACACUGUGGGUAUUUUCAGCACUAACAGCUCUGAUGGUCUGAUUGAGGCAGAGUGCAAGCGGGCCAAGGAAUCUCCUGUCCCCUGUGUUUUCCUUGUGAUAGUUAAAGUGGACAGGUUCACAAAUGAAGAGAAAGAAGCUGUGGAGAGAAUUGAAGACAUAGUUGGUAAAGAUGGAAUGAAAAGAAGCUUUAUCCUUUUGACACAUGGUGACAUGGCAGAUGAGCUGACAGUGGAGAAAAUGAUUCGAGAAGAAGGAGCUGAAGACUUCCGUGAAGCAGUGAUGAAAUUUCAGGGGAGGUGCUAUCUGUUCAACAAUAAGAUUGAGAGUCGUGAUCAGGUUGACAAUCUUCUGACCAAACUAGACGCACUCCAGAAUACUGUUUCCAACAUGAAUUCAGAAAACACCAUGGAGAGCUCAGCUGAGAGAAGAAUUGUGUUGCUGGGCAGAAGUGGAGUUGGGAAGAGUGCAUCGGGAAACACCAUUUUGGGUCUGAGAGGAUCAGAUCAGUUCCGGUCUGACUGUAGCUUUAACUCAGUAACAGAAAACAGCGAGAUCAAAUCGGCAGUAGUGGCAGGAAGGGAAGUCAAGGUGAUAGACACACCUGGCCUCUCCAAGGGGAAACACUCUCCUCAGCAUGUGUUUAAUGAGAUGAUGAAGAGUUGCCUGCUCGCUGAAGAGGGGCUGCAUGCUUUUGUCUUAGUGGUUGAGCUGGGCAGGUUUGAAAAGAAUGAUGAUGAGAUAAUUGACUUACUCAAAAAGGCAUUUGGUAAGGAGGCGUUGAAAUAUGCAGUGGUUCUCUUCACACAUGGUGAUAAACUCAGCAGCCAAAACAUUGAACAAAAUAUACAGGCAAACAAGGAUCUUAAAAAUCUUGUGGAAAUGUGUGGUGGCAGAUACUGUAUCUUCAACAACAAAUCCAGGAACAACGAACGGCAGGUUAGGGAGUUGUUUACGAAGGUAGAUGAGAUGGUACAAGUCAAUGGUGGUACAGCCUAUGUCGGUGAGAUUGUCGGCAUAGCGAGCGCUAUCAUGCGAGAACUAAGAGAGACCGCUAUCAUGCGAGAACUAAGAGAGACCGCUAUCAUGCGAGAACCUAGAGAGACCGCUACAGAUUACAGCGAUAUGCUGAGUACUGCUUGGAGACGCUUAUGCGGUUUGGUGUACUUCAUCUGGGAAGAAAUUUGGGAAUCUUUUACACGUUUUUUGAGAAAUGCCAUCACCCUUGCCUGCACACUUCCCCACAACCCUGCCCACAAUUACAGCAAUCUUUCACAACCAAACUAAUUUACUGGUCAUUUUAAUCUGGAAACAUUUACAGACAAUUGAGAAUAUAUUUUCAAGGUUCCCAUGUUGCUGUAGAUACUUGUUAUUAGUGGAUAGAACAUCCACUAAGGUACUUAUUGAUGAUUAUUAUAAGAAUUGUGCAAAUGUCUCCAGCGUUUUGCUGCAGGACUAGAAUAUCAGGACAGUUGUAAUCGGAGGGAUUAGAUGGGGAGAAGGAUGCAACUGAACAAACUAAUUAAUGUGUAAGGAUGAAUGACAUCACACAUCGCUCAAAUAAUCUGUCUCAGAGAUGUCCUCAUCUAUCUGUUUCUGUAGUGAGACAGCUUGAUGUACCAGGACACCCCCUGGUCAGGACACUAGUCUAUCUCCUGUUUCUGUAGUGAGACAGCUUGAUGUACCAGGACACCCCCUGGUCAGGACACUAGUCUAUCUCCUGUUUCUGUCGUGAUGCAGCUUGAUGUUUUGAACUCCUAUUUUCAUUGAACCUUUAUUUUGACAGGGAGUCAUGCUGAGACCGAGGUCUCUCUUACAGAUGAGCCCUGUAUACACCCCAAUACUCGCAUCAAUACUCGCCUCAAUACUCGCCUCGAAACACGAAAAGCAAAACACAAUCAUAGAAGACAAACACAUGCUUCAGUAAAAAGGUGCUCGAUAUAUUUGAGUUGUAUACGAUCACAAUUGGCCCAGCGUCGUCCGGGUUUGGCCGGGCUAGGCCGUCAUUGUAAAUAAGAAUUUGUUCUUAACUGACUUGCCGAGUUAAAUAAAACAUAUUUUAACUUUUAAGAAUAUUAUGAGAUUUUUUUUGGUUAGUUUCUAA